CACAGAGAGAAUGGAAUCACAUCCGCAUGGAUCAGGACCUGCCUUGCAGUUCACAAGUGGCUUUAGUGAAGUAUCUAGACCCGUCAAGACCUUUCAUCUUCGGGACAUCUACAAUCCCAAACCACCCCAACAAAGGACCCCUGUGGCAAUACGGCCACCCAGCCCAAAACCAGGUCCUGCUCAGGAGCCCGUCGUCUGGCGUAGGCAGUCGUGUGAGGCCGAGCCAAAACCCAUCAUGAGGAGACGGGCUAAAUCCCUCUCGUCCUCCACAGAAGAGCACACCUGCAGGAACGUGCAGGUCCGCUUUGUAGAUUCGUUAGGGUUGGAACUGGAAGAUGUGAAGUUCUUCAAGGCCAGCGAGGACCCAUUGGUGCCGGUCCACGUCAUCACAAGACUGCUGGCAAGCUCUGAGCUGGCCUCCAAGAAGAAGCUGGAGCUCUCUCUACCCUACUUCCAGCCAUCCUUCCCUGACAACAUGUGUGCCGAGGCUGGUUUCCUCAAGCGCUUGUGCCAGCAGCGAGUUUGCCUGGAGCAGGUGUUUUGCUCUGAGCUGGGAAUUAUCGGAACUGUGCAAGUGCUGAACUUGGCCUAUGAGAAAAAGGUUACGGUACGAUACUCGUUUACCGACUGGAAGUGCAGCGCGGAGAGUAAAGCGAGCUGGAUCUCCACCGUUCACAGAGAUCGGCCCGAUCCAGAGUCCGACAUGUUUCGUUUUCACCUGCCUGUCCCACCUUUCAUCAUGCAGCCAGGUGCCAUGCUACAGUUCGCCAUCUGCUACCGGGUCAGAGGAUUUGAGUACUGGGACAACAAUGGUGGGUCUAAUUAUAAACUGACCUGCCAGACGUACAAAUUGACGGUCCCCAGAGAGUGUGAAGAUAGCCUGGUGCAUUUCAUUUGACUCUUCACUAGAGAUGCCAUAUACAGUGCUGUGAAAAAGUGUUUGCCCUCAGCCUGAUUUCUUCUGUUUAUCUGUGUGUAUUUCAUACUAAACAUGAGUAAGGCAACCUGAGUAAAUACAGCUUUUAUUUAUUUAUUUUUAAUGGAGCAAAAAAGCUAUCCAACACCUAUCACCCAUGUGAAAAACAAAUUGUCCCAUUUAAUGUCAAAUCUGGUUGUGCCACCUUUACCAGCAUUAACUGUGACCAAAUGCUUCAGAUUACUGGAGAUCAGUCUUUCACAGCGCUAUGGUAGUAUUUUGGCCCUCCACACAGUUUGGCCCCAUUGUAGGGUUUUCACUGUCUGUUUAAGAAGAAAUACA